GUGUGCGCGCUCAUCGGCUGCGCCAACCUGGCGGGCGACCGCGGCAUGGGCUGCCCGCGCUACCGACACCGACACUGGCGGGGAAAGGCCUCCACCUGCAACGCCAACUUCCUCAGCAAGAUGUCUGACGACGACCGCAUGUCGCUGACGACGGCCGUGAGCGACGAGGACGACGCGGAGAGCGUCCACAACUCGCCGUACCGAGCCAAGCAGACGGGCACCGCCGCCGCCUCCUUCAACUGCACCGGCGCCGUGCGCAAGGCGGGGUUCCUGAGCGUGAAGAAGUGGCUGCUGCGGAAGAAGCACCAGAUCGAGCUGGCGCGCAAGCGCGGCUGGAAGGGCUACUGGGUGUGCCUGAAGGGCACCACGCUGCUCUUCUACCCGUGCGACUCGCGGGAGGGCCGCAGCGUCGAGGCGGCGCCCAAGCACCUCAUCAUCGUCGACGGCGCCAUCAUGCAGCCCAUCCCGGAGCACCCCAAGCGCGACCACGUCUUCUGCCUCAGCACCGCCUUCGGCGACGCCUACCUCUUCCAGGCGCCGUGCCAGGUGGAGCUGGAGAACUGGGUGAACAGCAUCCACUCCGCGUGCGCAGCCGCCUUCGCCCGGCACCGCGGCAAGACGGGCACGCUGCACCUGCUGCAGGAAGAGAUCUUCCGCCUGGAGAAGGCCAUCGAGUCGGACCACAAGCUGAAACACAUGGCGGACCUGCAGCAGAGCGUGGUGUCGGACCCAGAGACGAAGCAGCAGAUCAACAACCAGAUCGUGCAGUGGGAGGAGAACCUGGAGCGACUCCACUGCGAGCAGUUCCGGCUACGCUGCUACAUGGCCAGCCUGCAGAGCGGCGAGCUGCCUAACCCCAAGAGCCUGCUGACGCACGUGUCGCGCGCGACGAAGAACACGCUGAACAAGCUGGGCGUGUUCACGGUGUCGUCGUUCCACGCCUUCAUCUGCGCGCGCAGCCCGUCGCUGCUGAACAACCUGCUGGCGGGCCGCGGAGCCACCAAGCGCCGGCCGCCCAUGCUGUCGCGCUCCAACUCGGGCUCGUCGCGCCGCUCGCUGCAGCUCUCGUCUCGCGACGACCAGGACAAGAGCGUCAAGGUCGCGCUGCCCGACAACCAGACUGCUCAUAUCUACCUGAGGGAUGCAAUGUCUGUCGAGGAAUUUCUGGCAAGUGCGUGCGGUCGGAAGAAUUUAAACCCGAUGGAACAUUUUGUACGGGUCAAGAAAAGACGAGACAUGGAAGACCACAAUUAUUUCGUUCCUCAUCGGACGGAUCUUAUAGAGACAUAUCUCCACACACACGAGAUAGUGGAGGUUUGUGCAAAGAUACUGUAUCAGGUAGAGCUUCAGCGUACCACUCUCGAACAGAUGUGGGGAUUCUCAGUGGAAGCAGAACUGAUCGAGAACGCCGAUCGCCAAGACGAACUGUGCUGUUAUGUGAGCAGAGUGGAGGACAAGAGUGUUGCUAUGCAGAAUGGAAUAAUCAAGGGCGACGAGAUCAUGGUAAUAAAUGGUGCUAUAGUGAGCGACUUGGACAUGAUGUAUCUCGAGAGUGUUCUCCAAGAAGAACUCGCCCUGUGCAUGAUGAUGAGGUCAUCACGGACAGAGCCGCCAGAUCUUGUGGGUAUUAUGCGUGCGACGGACGACAUCAUCGAGAGCCUCGUCUGCCCACCUCCCCCUUCAGAUCCCCCUAUCAUCAGCGAAGAGAUGAUAUCAGGGCUCAUUGUUCCUGCACCCGGGUGGAGCAAGGAGCUUUACUCUCCCGAGGCGGAGAGCUCUCCUGCUCCUUCUAGUGAAGCUGGCGGAAAAACUACUUCCCGGACGAACUCAUUCGAAAUAGAAAAUCUACUGAAGACUGCAGAGCAAGUGACAGGCUUCUGCCGAUCUCCUGUAGAAACUCGUAAGUCUAGUCCUACAGGUAGUGUCACAAGCAGCCAGUCACAAGCUCUGCUUACACCUAGCCGCCAACUUACUGAUGCUGAAAAACUUCGCAAAGUUAUUCUCGAACUUAUUGAUACCGAACGCACUUAUGUUAAGCACCUGAAUAAUCUAUUGGAGAAUUAUUUAGAACCACUGAAGAAAGAAACAUUUUUAUCAAAUGCAGAAAUUAAUGCACUUUUUGGAAACAUCCAAGAAAUUGUAGCAUUCCAAAGACAGUUUCUACAGAACCUGGAUGAAGCUCUAGAAAUGGAACCUGAUUUCAACAAGUUUGAGCAUCCUAGCCAAUUCAAAAAUGUUCUUUUCUCUAUUGGAAAUGCAUUCCUAUUAUACGUAAAUCACUUCAAGCUCUACAGCUCCUUCUGUGCAAGUCAUUCAAAGGCACAAAAAGUACUACACCCUAAUGAGGGUAACCAAGCACUGCAAGAGUUCCUAGCUGCACGUAAUCCAAGACAGCAGCAUUCUUCCACUCUGGAAUCAUAUCUCAUCAAACCAAUCCAACGAAUUCUUAAAUAUCCACUUCUACUGCAGCAGCUGCGAAACUUAACAGAUCCUUCUUCAGAUGAGCAUCAGCAUCUUGUUGAGGCCCUUAAGGGCAUGGAGAAGGUAGCUGAACAUAUAAAUGAAAUGCAAAGGAUACAUGAAGAGUAUGGAGCAAUAUUUGAUCACUUGUUUAGGCAACAUCAGAAAUCAUGUAAACAGCCAAUUGAUCUCUCACCUGGCGAUCUUCUUUAUUAUGGAGGUGUUGAAUGGUUGAACAUAUCUGACUUCCUAGGAAAAAUAAAGAAAGGCCUUGAACUCCAUGCAAUGUGCUUUGUAUUCAAGUCAGCAGUUGUGUUCCUCUGUAAGGAACGAUUGCGACAGAAGAAGAAACUAAUGGGGGUGUCGAGCAAAGGCAGUUCCAGUGAAGUAGAAAUAAUUCGAUACCAAGUUCUUAUUCCUGUAACUGAAGUACAAGUUCGUGCAAGUUCAGCAAAGGACAUGGAUUCACAUUUCCUCUGGGAACUUAUACAUCUUAGGUCACAACUACAAAGGCGAUCAGAAAAGGUUUACGUUCUUUCUAACAGCACGGCAGACUUCAGAAAUGCGUUCCUGAAAACUAUUCGCCAAAUAAUUCGUGAGAGUGUUCGUAAUAUGAGCAUCCCUGCAACGAAGCCAGGAUCAGGAUCUGGGGCUCUAGUGUCAUCUGCAUCAACAUCAGCAACACCCAGCAGUGGCACAGCCACUAAGGUUCCGGCAGGUAGUGCUGCCUCUAGCAGUAUGAGUGGAACUGGAGGCAGUGGGCCUUCUGGUGGAGACAGUCAUCAACAGCAGCAACAUCAGCAGCAACAGCAACAUCAUCAACAGCAGCAGCAACAACAACAACAGCAGCAGCAGCAACAACAACAACAGCAACAGCAGCAACAGCAACAGGCAACAUCUAGCAAGGGUGUAGUAAUUCUGCAGGGAUCACACACUUUGGGAAAGCCAAAGAAACCACCAAAGGGCCUUCAGCGACACUCGGCUGGCAACAUUGACUAUGACAAUCUUGAUCGAACUGGUGAAAGUGGUUCCCAAGAAACUCCUAGCAGUUUCCGAGCACGUAGCAAGACUGUUAGUGAUGGUGCUGAUGAAAGUCAUGAAAAAGGUAGUGGCAAACAGCAUGAUCUGGAUCCAGGAACAAAGUCUGAGGGAGAAGAGGAUUCAAGCCUAGUUGCAACAGCGAAAGGGAAGUCAACUCUAGGGAGAACACCAAAUCACCUUACUCUGAGUUCUACAUCAACCCUCUCAGCAGGAAGCACUGGAAGCCAAGCAAGACUGAUCCAAUCAUCCCAUCAGCCUGAGAACUACCAGCCACCAACAGUUAAAGAUUUAGGAUCACCCGUGUGGAAACCAAGAGACAUGGUAGGCCUAGGUGAAGCAACCACACUUCCUCGAAAGGGUAAAUCCUCCUCUACCUCUUCUUGUUCUGAUAAUACAGCUAGGGACAGAGAACGUUGCUUAGUGUUUGAUUACCCAACUCCAACUCGCAAAGCAGAAGGCCAAAGCAGCACACAUGAAAAUGCGUCAUCAACAUCUUCAACCAGUGCACAGCAGCCAUGAAGAAAGUCGAGCGCUCGCAUAGGUAAAUUGCAGUAUUAACAUCAGUCAAAUGGCUCAGCAUAUCUUAAUAAUUUGCAUGCACUUCCAAUGAAUCAUUCAGCAUAGACAGAGGACAUGAGGCUGCUCAAACAUUAAUCAUUUGUUGAUUCUGUUAGAUAAUGUUAAAUUAUUCUGAUCCAAAGAUACAGGGAGCAGGAUACCAUUGCUGAAAUCAUACAAAAUUUAAAUUAAAUCUUUGAAUAGUUCAGUAAUAAAGGUUGUUAUGAAAGAAGCUGAAUGAUUCAUUAAAAAUAAUGUGACCAUCAGCUUUAAUAGACUUUUUUGUCUCUGGGAGCAUUUGGCAUAUUAGAUAAACUACGGAAGUGCAAAACCAUCAUGUUUUGGAGUAAAAUUAUUAAGAUUGUAAACCAUAAAAUAUCUGCUAAGAUAAGUAAUGCUAGAGCAUUACAGCCAUUGCGAGCGCACUGAAAAAUAUACUAUUUUCAAACCACACUUGGCCUAUCAGGUAACGCACAUAAAAAAAGGUUUGAUUGUAACUGCUCAAAUGUGUAAAACUAAUUCUUUAUCUAGAACAUUCCACUGGGAAGCUCUGUUUCGAUGAUUUAUUGCAUUGUUGAUUUGUAGCAGCUGCUACUUACUGAUAAGUGAAUUAUUGGUUCACCAACAACCUGGUUCAAUAUGUUUUCUUGAGUCUGUUUAUUUAGAAUUACUCUAAUGUACAUUUAAGACAAAAAUCCCACAGCAAAAAAGACUUAUCAUUCUUUAGUGAAAAAGUGAUUUUAUUUGUGAAGCAAUGUAUUGGAAAUUUGUCAUCACAUGUAAAAUAAUUUUUUACAAACACACAUCAAUCUGAAAUGUGGAAUUAUUUAUAUGUUAUGCUAUUUUCUCAGUUGCAUUCCAUAAAUCAUAUUUCAGUAAUAAGUCAAAGAUUAAGUAUGAAAUAUCACCAGUUUUAUUAAUUAUUUAAGGAAUAGAAAGUAUGUUAGGUUGUGUUGACCAGGAGAAACUGAAUGUGUUCUUGGACGAUUUCUUGUGUAGGAAUUUGCAGAUAGAUGUGUGCUAAAUUAUGCAUAAAAUUUAUUUAUUGAAGAUAACUUACCUGCUUUUAAGAAGUGUAAUGUGCCAAAUUUGUUCAUAAUUUGGGAUGUAUUGUUGAUAUUAGUUGUAACUGUUAUCAGGGAAAACAAUGAUAAUUUAUUGAAUUUAGACCUGUAUUUUUUGUUUUGACACAGAAUACUCAAAUUUAUUUUGUUUCCAUAAUCUAAAUGUGCAACAAACAUGUGAAUCAGUUGCUAAAUGGAUUAAUAUUUUUGUUAGCAGAAUGAAGGGAGCUUAGCACAACAAAAUGUUAAAAUUCUUAUGUGAAUAUGAGAUUUUAUAAGAUGACUUUCUCAAACAAGCCUUGUGGCUAAAACCUGGAGAAUGUAGAGCUUUAAAUAUGGGAUGUGAGUCUUGGUAAGAAAGAUACUAUAUUGAAUAAUAUGUAUGAAACCAGGGAUUAAUUCAAAAUAAUAAUAGGAACAAUUGCAAUAUAAUUUUAUACUCUGUCAGUACCUAAGCCUUAGAGGGGUGUGAAUUGAGAACUUAAUGAAAAUAUAAAUAAAUGUAAUUGCACAAUUAUACAUAACAGACACUAUUAUAGAAAACUUAUCAUCAUUUAUUAAUGGUCUAACACAUUAAAAUACCAGAAGCCCACUGUUGAGCAUUGAAGCCCUUGAUUAGAAGAAUUUUUUCUAUUCAGUGGAAAGAAAUUCCUGUUAAAGAUAAACCAAAGUUUAAUAGUAUGGUAUAUGUAUAAAUAAAGAUCAUAGUAUAAUAAAUAUAUACUCAUAAUAUUUCACUUUUCAAAAGUUUUGUUCAGGUUGUACAAAUCUGUACAGUAAAAUUUGCUAUGUAAGUAAUGUGGAGUCAUAAUCAUAUCAUUACACACUAACAAAGACUGUUAUAUACAACACUGGGAGCUUAAAUAUGUGAUGUCUAUUCACAUCUCUCCAUGUAAGAGCAUGGACUUAAGACUAUCACUUUCAAGAGCAUAAAAUCAUAUUGUCACUGUCAUCCACUGUUAAUAUUUAAUUCAGUUUCAUUCCGCAACAGUAUUCCUGUAGCUCCCAUUUCGAUGCUUACAUUGAAACCAAUGUAAGCACAUUUUGUACUCAGUAAUUACAAAACUGAAGAGAAACUUAACACUAUUGAUUAAUUGAGAAUUUAGAGCCAGCAUAUUACUCAACCCUUAAUUUUUUUCUUCCACUCAACUUCUUUAUAUUUCUUAGCCCUUAGUCCCACGGAAUUUAUGUGAGAAACGGCUGUUUUAAAAAGGAAUUUACAAAAUCAGCAAAUAGAAGAUAAACAGGUGCAGAAAAUCAAGAUGUAGUAUCUAUUUUGUAUGUGAUGUGAGAGUCCAUUUCCUGUAAAAUACUGUUGGCAGUGAUAAUAUCCUUCAUAUAUUUGUGAUACAGAAAUAUAUGGAAAGCAGUAGCAUACACAAAAUAAGUCUUUCUUUUUAAGGAAAUAUAAAAUUUGGCAAAUGGACAAAUCUUAAAAAAGAUGCCAUAAAUGUUGACUGUUACUGAUUAACAAUCAUUAACAAAUAUUAUUCUGAAAUCAAAUCCAGGAGAUGUAUGUAUUGUUAAAUCUUGGAUUUUUAAAGAUUAUUCGUAAGUAUGUUACAGAAGGAGUAGUUUAAUUUUUAGGAUUGUUACCAAAUAAGAAGGGUAAAUUUAAUUUAAAUCAAGUCUGAAGUAUGUAGCACUUAACAUGACAAUGAUCUGUGCAGGACAAUUUGUUAGUGUCUUGCACUAUGCAUGAUAGGGCCUACAUAAAAUUGUGUGCAUCAAGCACCUGUUGAAUUACCACAAAGUAUAUCUAGCUCAAAUUUGGAAUGGUAUUUUUUCCUGUAAUUUAGUGAAAGGCAAAGAACUGUAAUAUCCUGAGUAUUACAUUUAGCUUUACUAUAAUAUGCUGUAAAUUUGGAUUCCUGUCCUUUGUCCUACCCAGUUCCUUUCUUACUGAAUUAAUAAUUAGCACACAAAAUCCAUAUUUCAUAAUUUUGUAAAUAGUGUAAAGCAUCUCAUAAAAUCAUUUCAUACAUUACAAGUGCGAAAGCCAUAAUCAUUUAAGACAUAUGUUGUUCACUCAGAAAAGUAAUUCAAUGCUCAGAAACACCAGAAGAGAAGAAAAAAAUGAUGCAAUGAUGUCAUAAUGAAGAAAAUAAUAUUAUUUAAACCAUCCAACUCCUUCUUUUUUUAAAAAAAAAAAAAAAAAAAAAAACAUGUAAUAUGAAUCACUUGUAUUCUGUGAAUCAGUCGAAGUGUUUCACUUACAUCUUUUUAUUAUGAAUUGUUUUACAGAUUUACAGUGAGCUUGAAAGUUUUGCAUUUUGUGUUUUGUGUGUUUGAUUUAUAAACAUAUUCAUUAAUUACAUUAUAUUAUUAAAUGUUACAAUAUCAACCACCUUUUGCAGAUUCAUGUUACUUUGAUUUCAAAUUAGUUGUUUUUGUGUCACGCAGUAUUAUCACUUGUUCAAGAAUGUAGGAAAUAUAUCAUGUGACUAAUACAUAUUACAACUUAUGUAUAAAGAAGCAUCAGGGUUUGUUUUUAUAGCCGAUCUGCUGACAAAAGUGUUUCUGAAAAAUAUUGAUCAUAGUAAGCAUUUGCCAUAUAUCUGUUGCACAAAAAAAGAUUUAUAAAGUGCCAGUUUUUUUAACUUUAUGUGGUUCAUCCUUCAUCUCAAGAAUUUCACACUCCAGUACUAUUUACCUUUCUGUAAAAGGCUUAUGUUAUAAAAAAUGCGAUCAAAAAUACUCCAACAUUAAGGAACGUUAUGGACAAUAUACCUUCUCACUUUCAACAAAAUUUGCUUAAUGUGUGCAAAAUGUUUUAUGCCAGAAAGGAUGUACCCUGAAACAUCAUCUUCAUGUCAGAGAAAUAAUCAAUGCUCUUCAGGACAUAUUUCUGAAUUCUGACAGUUUUCUGCAACAAUUACAAGAGACAACAUUGUGCACACGUCUUGAACCAGUGGUAACAUAAAUUUAAGUUUCAGUGCUCAUAAUAUUGUUGAAUUACUGAGUUGUACCAUUAAUUUCACUUUAGUUAUACUGACGAGAGUAACAAUCAAUGUCAUUAUAUAUUUCCACAAUGCCCAUUAGUAGUUUUUUCUUUCAUUUUUCCUGCCUCGGUAAAGUAAUUUGUGCAUUUGUUAAAUCUCUUUGAAAAUAAAAAACACACUUUAAAAAUGUUGUACAAUGCUCAAUAUAUUAUUUCUCAAAAUUUGGCUAUUAUUUUUAUUUGUGUGCAAUUAAUAAAUGAAUAGGGAAGUAAAACAUGGGUGUAAUACAAUGCAGUACAAAUGAGUUGACAUUCAUCUUUAUGCUGUUUGUGCAGUUAAAAAAAAGAUUUUAUUUCUAGUUUUUCAUGACAACAGUGCCAGCAAGAAAAUGAUUAAAUGAUCUGGAUUUGUAUAAAGAAAUAAUUAACUGAUCACACUGACAUUAUAUGCACAUCAUUUUGAUACGAACAUUAUAAACUACAUGCCCAUAGCUCCUCUCUUUACUUGUUAUAUUAAAAUAUAAUUAUUCAAGAUUUAACUGCCAUGUGUUGUAAAUUAUGCAAUCUGUCAUACUAGCUGUAUGAAUAUUUUAAUUCAAUUAAAACAGAGAAUUUUUGUCUUUGCAUAAUUAACAAAAUAGAAUUGAAGGUUAUCUUGUUAUUUCCGAAUAUUUAAAGAAAUUGAGAGCUUCAAUUAAAUAUAAGUUAACAUUAAUAAGAAUCAGCCUUUGUGAAAAUUAUUUUAUGAACUAUAAUGAGUGAAGUCAGAAUUACUGGAACUUCAGACACUUUGCUCAGAAGUUAGUAUCUUUUUGCAAUAUUUUAAGAUACCUCUUAGCUAAUCUCAUAAUCUGUAAACACAAUAUUGAACUACUGUGGUUAAUUUCUACUCUUUGACAAUCAUUAUGUUGCCUGAGAGUCCAGAUAAAAGAUGAUUAAUUAAUUAAUUAAUUCACUCAUUCAUUUGUGAUACUGUCAUGAGUGAAGUAUGUGUUUAAUCAAACAUACAAUUUUUUAUCAAGCAAGCUUUGAUUACUGUGUGGUGAUUCCUUAAUUAGCUAUAACCACUGAAAUUUAAAUUGCAUAUUUUUAAUUGCAACUCUUGCAUUCAUACAGUUUAACUUUUUAUUUCUGUGCAUUCAGAUUUUUAUCUUUAUUUCAAAACAGUCGUUUGUUUCUAUGAAUAACAUUGCUAUUUUUUAAACUUCAAUUUCUGUGAUAGUUUUCCACCAAUUCUACAGUUGUGUAAUCUAAAGUGAUGAAUCAGGUUGAUAGAUGAUAACCAGAACGUCAAAAUUCUCAUGCAACACAAUGUUGUCAGUUAGUUUUGCUUUUUGUGGUGCCAUAAUAAAUGAAACAUAAAUUAUUGUGUUACUGAACCAAACUCAGUAAAGCAGUAUUUUUCAUAUAAUUAUAUACAUUCUUUCCUGUUGCACAAGUAAAGCAUCACAUUCAUUAUUAUUUGUUUCAUCAGUUUGUGUUUUUGGAGCAAUAAGAAAUCUAUCUUCUAUUUCUGUUUGAUUCCCAGAAAUGUAUUUUAAGAAAAUAAUGAAUGAAAAAUUCAAGUUUUAAUGUGUUUUGAGAUUGAUUAGUAAAAGUGAAUAGCUGAUGGUCUUUAUAUCCAAAUUGUGAGUUUGUGUGUGUGUGUGUGUGUGUGUGUGUGUGUGUGUGUGUGUGUAUGUGUGUGUGUGUGUGUGUGUGUGUGUGUGUUUUUGUUUGUGUGUGUGUGUGUGUGUGUGUGUGUGUGUGUGUGAGAGAGAGAGAGAGAGAGAGAGAGAGAGAGAGAGAGAG